AAUGGACACUUGUGGUCAAUCCGAGUUGGAAAAGGAGAUCGAGGAUGUAAAGCUUCUACAAGAAGCUCUGAGAUAUCAAGAAGAUGAUCCUUCUCAACAGCAGCAGGCUUUGAGAGCUUUAGCUGACAUCCUCUCUCAAAACAGUGAGUCGUUUCCGUUUGACAAGUGUUCUUCUUUUUGCAGUACAUAAAGCUCAUGUGCAUUUCUUGUAGCGAAAAAAAACCGUAAGCAGUGAACUUUACACUUAAGUUGAAAAGUCUUAUAUCACCUCUAAGAACACUGUAAGUAUUGACUUAGCCAUUUGCUAUCAGCUUGAAAAAUUUCAGGUUUAAAACUCAUUCCAGUUUUGCAUCAGCUCUCAAGAAACAAAAUUGUCUGUGAUGAAGCUAUGUUGUGAUUGAAAGGAAAAACAACUUGAGCUUUUUCUAUUAAAGUGGAGAAAUUGGCUGUAAAUUAUUUUCCAGUGCUUGGUUCAUAAUAAUACUGAGUAGUUUUAAAAGGUAUAAUAAAUCUAAGUUCAUUCAUUAAUAGCAAAAUAAUGAACUUUACUGAAAUGAAGAGUACAUUUUGUUUUAAUUCCACUAAUUGUUAUAUCCUAACUCUAGGAAGAGCACAAGACUAUUUUUGUUUUUCAAGUGGCUUGGAAUACUUGCUGAGCCUUUGUAAGGCCACAAAGAGUCCUGCUGUAUGCGGGGCGACAUUGUAUACUUUAGCGAUGGCUACCGAAGGAAAUGGUGAGUUUCAGGUUUUAGUUGUAGAACAGUCAUUCAUUCAGUUAUUAGGAGAACAUUGCAAAAACUUGGGGUUCCUUAUACCAAUUAUCCAAUAUGUAUAUUCAGCAUUUUAAACAUAAGACAGAUAUUCAUCUCCCAGGCAAUAGUACCCAUGCAUGGACAUACACUUACAUUUUUUAAACCUGAAUCUCUGCCUGGGAGGAUCACUGCCAUCAAGACUUGUGGUGAAGUAACCUUUGAAGCAACAAUUCUAUCAGUUCAUUUCAACCACAUUACCCUAGUGGAUGUUGAAUAGCAGGGCUACUCCAACUACUAGUCAUAUCAAAGUCAAAAAUCCUAGAAAUGUAAGGUAUCAUGACAGUUGAACCCUUAGUGUUUACUGCAGCUUUCUUGUCAAUAUUUCUCACUCAACACCUGGGGCUUGUUUCUCGAAAGUCCUGGUAACUUUUCAGGCCCAAAAUCAAAUAUUCAAAUUGAAAUAUAAAGAAUAAGAGCACAGGUCCUGGCUAGUAAAAUACUCCAUUUUGUUUCAUUAACUGAUAGUUUUUAUCAUGUUAGACUGAUGCAAAACUAUUGAAACCUUGAUCUUUAAUGUAAACGGCAACAGCUUACGGGACCCAUUAAUUAUCGGGACUUUCAAGGAACAGGCCCCUGGUCCCAGUAACGUUCAAAAGGUAGAUAACACUAUCCACUGGAUAUAAAUCUUUAUCCACUGAAUAGCCCAAUUGGUUUCCCUAAUACUAAUCCGCUGGAUAGUGAUUUAUCUGGUGGAUAGUGCUAUCCAACGUUUGAACAGCCCAGGCCAGAUUAAUGAGAAAGUGAAAAACUAGUGAGAUAAUUAAUCUAGUGAAUUUUUGUUGUAUUCAAUCAUACAGAUAUUUCUCAGAGAGCUAUGACAAAGAAUCAUGUGUUUCACUUGCUGCGAUCCAACUUACAAGCCAAGGACAGGGCAAUUGUGACAACUUCAGCUUUUCUUCUCCUUACUAUCUGUGCUGAUAACUGUAAGAUUUAAAUGUGUUGUGGUUUUAUGUUACUGUAUCCAAUCCAAAAGUACCAAGGAAAUAUCAGUAUAAUUUAAAUAAUGAACAUCAGUGCUGUCAUUGACUUAAUUAACUUUAUUUUCCAUUGACUUUAGGCUUAAAGCUACCUUUCAAAAUUCCUGUAUAGAUGAGUCUUCUUUCCUGUGCACAGCUGUUGGCCUUUCUAUGUUUUUUUACUAAAUUUUUGAGUUUAUGUUUUGAUUUCUUUUUUGUUUUUCAAUUUUAGGUCAGGGACAGAAUCUUGCAAGAGAAACAAAGUGUUUACAUAGCCUGUGUGACAUAUUUAGGUUAGAUCCUUUAUUAUACAAUUAUAUGCUAUUACUCUUUUGGUUUUAGAAAAGAUCCAUUUUGUCAAAAGAUUACAGUAUUAUGGUUGCGUUUAAUUUUCCUGCUUAUGGCAGUUAAAUUCAGAUUUUGAGCUGUAUUACUAAUUUUUGAAAAUGCCAUAAACAUGUUGUUCUCGUAAUUAGGAGCUGUCUUCCAGUUCAUAAGUUUCCCUCCUCAAGUCACAAGAGUGAAAAGUGGUUUAAUGAUAUUGAUGAAGACUGGGCAAAACUCUGGAACAGUGUUGUGGUGGCACUACAUUCUCUGCUCCAAAACCCUCAAAAUGGUGAGAAAAUAAGUUAUCUACCUUACACCAGUGAAAAUCAGAUUAAAUAUUGUGAUUCCUUUUCCAGUAAACUAGCCUGCCUCCCAUUUGAUGGAAAGACAUUGUUGUUUUGCAGAAAACCCUAGCACUGAAUUCUAUUGAUUUGUUAAAUGUGCCAAUAAGAAUUAGUACUUUACAGGGCAUGCCCCACAUGGUGGGGCUAGAGAAUACUAAAAAAGGAGAGAGACUGUGUUCUUUUUGUAAUUACACUUUAAUAAUUCAAUUAUUAUUACUAUCCAGGGCAGUCACUAAGAUUUCAAAUUGCUGGGUAAAUACAACAAGUAAAUGGGGAAUAAAACAGCUAGGGAUUUCUUUUGGUUCUAUUUUUCUUCUAUUUUCCUAUGAAAGUAGCCGGGGGGAACCCCCUGCCCCUGGCUCUUAAUGACAGCCUUGAUACUAUCAUAAUUCAAUUUGCAGCUCAAAAUCAGCGACUUUGCUGCAGGCUCCUUCCCAUGAUGGUGAAUACUUUACACUUGGCAACAACUCAGAGAAAUGUUAUUCUACCCACAGUCACUCUCAUUGGAGCCAUUGUUUGUGAAAAUGGUAGGAAUUUCAAAUAGUUUUCAAUGCUUUUUUUGCAAAGUUAAUGAAACUUACUGUUAAUCUUUAUUAUUUAGAAAGUGUAGCCUUGAUGCUUUUGCUUCGUGAUCAAAAGAGUAAAAGAACCCUGUAGCAAAACGGGAAAGUUGCAUGAGAUUUUGUUGAUGAUGUUUCAGGAGUAUAGACACAAUUACCUGUAGACAAAAUUUAUAAGACAGCACUCAAAACAAAAGUAAAAUCCAUAAACACGUGAGCUUUUCCAAAUGAACUUCUUUUAAGAAUGUUUGAAAAGAUUCCAUGAAACAAGUUUGUUCUUCUUUUCUUAAUCUUCUAUCAGUACCCCAAUGUUGGAUUUCUAUGUGAAUAGCAUAUUUCACCUUACAAACAUUUUUCCAUGGGUUUGGUAUUGAAAAAACCUACUGCUCAAAACAUCUGACCUUAAUGUAUUUCCGUAAACUCAGCUGAGUCCCAGUCCAAGGUGCGACUUGUUGGUGGACUGAGGGCCUUGAUUAACGUGUUUAAACGGUUUGUGAGCCUUGAGCAGCCAGAUAAUCAAGACUUCUGCAUUAUGGAGCAUGUUGUUAAUACCAUUGCAUCUUCUAUAGCAGGACAUGGUAAGUUAUAUCUUGGACGAUUUUAUAUAAGUAAACAGGCUAAAGUGUUUUCUAGUUAAAUACACUUGAAAUCUAGAGAAGAGAUAAGUGGGAGUUAAAGUAGCUGUGUCACAAAAUGUAUCAAAAUUCAAACUGCAGGAACUGCCACCAAAUGAAAUAAAAAAUUAAAAUAUCUGCUCAGCACAUUAAAAGAAUGUGUGGAUAACACAGCAAAUAAUAAAGCAAGCACGGAUGGACAAACCUGAGGAAGAUUGAAAUGGAUUGUAGUUGUGGUUUUUGAAAAUUUGCUAGCCUAAAAGUUUUCCAAAGUUCACUUUUGUUGUCUGUAACAUUUGACGCAAUGCUUGCGAGGUAUAUUUUUUGAUACAAAGCUGCUAUUUUGUCAUUCACAAGAUAUUUCUAAAUUUUCAUAGCGAUUAAGGACGAGUAGUUAGCAUUAUAAACAAAAUGAACUUGCCAGCCUUGACACUGCAGCUCUUUUAAACAUGUAGCAAUGCUUAUAGGUUCAGGCUGAGCUGGAACCGUUGCAGAAAACCUACGACACAGCUUAUCCUUACAGUCGUAAUAGUGGGUGCAUCUAAUUACCGGAAAUUCAGUGGAAUUUGGAACAACAUAUAAUGGCACAGAAAUGACUUGCAGUAGUCUUUUAAAGUCAUUUAAGGUGACAAAGAAACAUUUCAGACCGACCAUACAAGAGGUUUAGCCUUGGUGAACUCCUAUUUAAAAGACAAAGGCUAUCCUGUCAGUAACGCUGCAAGUACGUUAUAGCUAUUGAGCUGGGCAGCAAUUUGUUCCACUGAAAAACUUUUCAUGAGACAGCGUUGCCAAGUGGUCCACGUUACAGACCCCCAGUCUGCAACUUGGGUUUCGAGCAAUUCAAUGCACCGCUAGCGAAACUUUUUGCUCUGCGUAGUCUUGAGAUUGACCAUGCAUCCUGCUUCUAAAUAGCCAACUAUCAAGUUAUUUCCUACUUUGAAGGGUUUUAGUCAUGAUAUGUUUCAUUUGAUUAUUUUUUAAAUGUUUUUUGAAUGGAGUCUUGUAAUGUAGUUACUCGCCACUUCACAAAAGAGAAGAGAAAUAGAUUCGAAGUGUGAUUCGCAAUUGUUUGUGGGAUCGUGACUGGGCACGCGCCGGUCAGCUGUUAGAGAGUUUAAGAUCCAACGUCGCGAUGGCAACGAGAACGUCUGAAAAACAAUAAGUUUAAUAGGCAAAACAACAACUUUGCACGCGCAUCACACUUUUGUGUACAUUUCCUUGCAGUUUUUGCUCGACUACGACGUGAAAAUGCCUAAAUUCGCGUUUUAUGGAAAAUCAAACAAGCAACGACGGAAUUUUCUUUCUCUUCCUGAACUUGGAUAUGAUGCCUUGGAAUUCAACUUCAGGAGAGUUCGCCUACAUUUGACAAAGGAAGUGCGUUGUGAUCUUAUAGUCCCUAUUGGUGUUUUUUUUUUUCAUGUCCCUAGUAACAGUGCCAGACGUCUUUGCGAAAGUUGACUCGGUCUAGUCUCCUUCCGGUGUCUAAAGUGGCAAAUAGCAGCUAUAAGAGCUAAAGCUUUUUUUUCCAGGAAUGUGUCAGGAGAGUGCAGCAGAUCUUGGACUGGUGUCUUUACUUCUUCAGUGUCUGCACAUCACUCAACUAAGUCCAGAUGUGAACGCUGCACUUGCUAAACAGCUCAGAACUAAGUGCGUUUUAGCACUCUCCAUCUGCGUUGACCAGAGUGGUGGGUAAUAUACUUGUUCGCCGAACAAUUUUUAUUUCCCUGGUUACAAAGUAGUUUUAGGUCUUUAUGUGAGACAUGCUUACCUAACAUUUGGUGCUUUUGGCCUGGAGAGGAAUAUAAUAUAGCUUAUGUGAUGAUGUUUUUUCAGAAAGGAACCAACAGCAGCUUAGGCAAAUGGGAGGUGUGGAUCUGCUAGUUGAGCUUCUAACCCUCGAAGAGGUACCAUGUCAAUUUUAAGGGUAGGGUAAACCUACGCUUGUCAGGCAAUAGGUAGUCAAGUGUUUUGCCACAAGAAAAGAGGCCUUUGAGAACAAAUAAGCGACUGAGAUUCUUAAAAAUGGUGGUCUGUUUUAAUGUAACCGGGUCAGUCAGCACUUUGCAGGUUUUCGUUUGCACCUUCGUGGAUAUAUAGACCGGCCAAGAACGAAAAUUAACAGAACUUUCACCCUCACCUUGUAGAGGAAGAGGUUGUUUUUUGUAGCUAAUAGACCGUCUAUUCACCAGCCCACAUUUUAGGGCAGUUAUCAAGUAGACAUGUUUACCCCAAUUACGCGAUCCUCGUCACGGCGAACAGUAAAAAAAAAAGUGGAGGAGAGAGUUGACGCAAUGAAGCCUUGUUCAAAAUCAAUACAAACCUGCGGCUCUCUGACAGGAGUCUGCUAAACCCAUCCCACUUACAACUUUUCUUUCUUGUCUCUAUAGUCCGAAGAAUUCAGGAGAGUUGCGAUAUUUGUUCUCCAUUGCAUCACCGGAAACUCUCAAGGU